CGACAUGUCCCUCAUACACCCUCAUUUCUGCAAAGGUCUUAGCUUGACGUUGAAGUCUCCCCACUGAAUGUCUCGAGUCGCUCUAUCACAAAUUCGCUCCCUGACGUUCUACCAGGGUGAACAAACGCUAUCUCGCCGCGGACAGCUGAUUCCUCAACUCAAAUGUGUCGGCAAACCUUGUAAACUCUACCAACCAGAAGUUGUGAGGUGUACCAGCCUCGGAGGGUCAGGGACGGAUGUCGACUGGAAGUGUGAGGCGGACCUACCAGACUCAUUGAGGUUUGGAAGGGUGGAGGUGUCGUGCGAAGGCUGGGAUGGCCCAGGUGAUCCAUAUGUUCUCAAAGGCUCAUGUGGCUUGGAAUACCGGCUCGUGCAAGUCCCGAGCGGCCUGCGCGGCGGAGAUGACCCGAAAUAUCCCUCCCGACUAUCCAGCUGGUUCUCUACUCUAAUGGAAGACCCAGUCGCCUCCCUAUUCAUUGUCCUCUGGAUCUUCGCUCUCGGCCUAAUCCUAUAUCACUUCUUCAAAUCAUGUUUCGGCUCUCGCUCAGGAACGAACCCACGCCCCACUCCACGCCCGCCCCCGCGCACCCCUAGCUCCGGGUGGUUCUCGGGUGGGACUCCCCGUCCCGACAAUUACGAUCCUCCACCUCCGUACACAAAGCAUCCAUCCUCAAAUGUAGACGCGAGCGGAUGGAGACCAGGAUUUUGGACUGGGGCCGCCCUCGGUGGACUCGGUGCGAUGCUCAUGAACAGGAACCAACGACAAGAACGGGAAUACCUGCGCCCCCCUGGCAUGUACGACUGGGAGGCAGAACGGGUAUUGCGGCCAAUUAGGCCUGCGCCUGCAUCUUCUUCCUGGUUUGGAGGGUCAAGCGCUGCACCAAGGAGGCGACCAGUAUUCGACGAUGAUGAUAGGGGAGAGGGGCCCUCGGACCUUGGAAGAAUGAGGCGAAGUACUGGACUAGGUGGUUCGAACGUACGGUGAAUUUGCUUUUAUCUGUCCUAGUUUCAGACAUCGUAUAUAUGGGGCCAUACGUCAC